UGUGGGGGGUCCCUUAAUGAUUCCCAACGAAACGAUGAAGAGGUUGGCCGAGACAGCAACGGGAUGUCGGUGAAUUACGCGGCGGGGUUGUCGCCCUACCCGGACAAAGGGAAGUGCGGCCUCCCGGAGAUUUUUGAUCCGCCGGACGAGUUGGAAAAGAAGAUCCAUCAGCUGGCUGACUUGAUCCAGAAUUCUUUCAACGUGGUCUUUCACACCGGGGCGGGUAUCAGCACAGCUUCAGGGAUUCCGGAUUUCAGGGGCCCGAAUGGGGUGUGGACCAUGGAGGAGCGGGGCCUGGUGCCCAAAUUCGACACCACCUUUGAGAACGCGAGGCCCUCGAAGACUCACAUGGCCCUGUUGGAGCUCCAUCGAGUGGGCAUCCUGCACUUCCUGGUCAGCCAAAACAUAGACGGGCUUCACGUGAGGUCCGGCUUCCCCAG